UCUGUUUCCAGCCUAUGAUUGUACAGUAAAUACUAUGAGCUCUGCCCUCUCCUUCCCCCUUGAUGCAGCGAUGAAAGCGGAGGAGACAAUCAAGUCGAACCCGUUGAUGUGCUAUAUAACCGUUUGCUGAAGCUGAGAUAUUUCAGUGACGGUACCUAAACCCGGCACACUUCCAAAUCCGGGCCAAGAGAGCUGAAGUUACACGGGAGCGGGGUUCGUCGACCCACUGCAGUCUGAAUCACCGGAGUCUCGCCCGUCCUCCCUCUCUCUCUCUGCCUGAUUAGUCGUCGACUUGGUUGGUGGUGUCGACGCUCGCAUCCUCACGGACGCAGGAGGCAGCGGGACGGGGCGAAAACCGACUCUGCCGCAGGCCGAGACGGCAGAGUAUGCUAAAUAAUGAGCCAAAGAGACACACUGGUUCAUUUGUUCGCCGGAGGAUGUGGAGGAACAGUUGGUGCUAUUUUGACUUGUCCUCUGGAGGUGGUGAAGACCAGACUGCAGUCAUCCUCCAUAACUCUGUACAUCUCUGAAGUCCAGCUCAGCGCUGUCAACGGCGCCAGCGUCGCUCGAGUUUCUCCUCCAGGGCCUCUGCACUGUCUCAAGUUAAUCCUCGAGAGAGAAGGACCCCGCUCUCUGUUCAGAGGACUGGGCCCCAACCUCGUGGGUGUGGCACCGUCCAGGGCGAUCUACUUUGCGGCCUAUUCAACAGCCAAAGAGAAGCUGAAUGGCGUGCUGGAGCCAGACUCGACGCAGGUGCACAUGCUGUCUGCGGGGAUGGCAGGGUUCACCGCCAUCACAGCCACCAAUCCCAUCUGGCUGAUCAAAACCCGCCUACAGCUGGAUUCCAGAAACCGAGGCGAGCGACGUAUGAAUGCUUUUGAGUGUAUCCGGCGGGUGUACCAGACGGACGGCCUGCGAGGUUUCUACCGAGGGAUGUCAGCGUCCUAUGCUGGCAUUUCUGAGACUGUAAUUCACUUUGUCAUCUAUGAAAGUAUCAAGCGAAAACUGAUGGAGGCCAAAGCCCACGCCAGCAUGGACGAAGAGGAGGAGUCUGUCAAAGACCCCUCAGACUUUGUUGGGAUGAUGCUUGCUGCAGCCACCUCAAAGACCUGCGCCACCUCCAUCGCCUAUCCUCACGAAGUGAUCCGCACACGACUACGAGAGGAAGGCAGCAAGUAUCGCUCCUUUUUCCACACUCUGCUGACGGUACCGAAGGAGGAGGGAUACCGAGCUCUGUACCGCGGCCUAACCACACACCUCGUCAGACAGAUUCCCAACACAGCUAUCAUGAUGUGCACGUACGAGGUGGUGGUCUACCUGCUCGGCCAUUAGCCCCGCCGUCAUCAUCAUCUCCUUCCCACCGGAGGAGGGAGGGGGUGACAGCAAACUGAGGAGGAGGCCCAGAGCCGUGGGUUUGAAAUGUGAAAAUGAAGACCAAAGGAAACCUGAAGACGUGCUAGCGGACCAGAAAAAGACAAACAGGAAUUUGGGACUGCUAGUUAGUACCUUAACGAGUUUGGCAUGUUGGACAUCUGAGCGGGCUGACGGCGGCUCAGAGAGGUGAAGAACUGCCGACUGGAGCGACGUGGAUGCAGUGCGACACCGUUUGGAGCGAUUAGAGACAAAAAGUCAGACUUCUUUGAACUGAAGUGGUUAGUUUGAAGCCAUCCGAAGAUUUUAAUUUAGCAAUUGUCCCCCAUGGUUCAUACAUUGGGAAGGAAGCAACCUGACGAGAGGACAGAGAUUGUGUGAUUUCAGGAAUGUUCAGAUUCAGGGUGAAUGUCAGAGAGAAGUCCAGUGUGAGUUUUAGUACAUCACCUCUUCUUUGCACUACACAAAAACUAGUUUCAGCCAGUCUCCUCUGAACGCUGCCUUGUUGCAUAUGGAAAAGCAGUGCAGUUACAAAGCUGACCCCAGUCCGCGGGUUCUUCCUCCCUCACUCGAGGCCCAGCGGUGACGUGGCUGGGCUGAAGCUCGUCUUUUGCUUUGACUUCUAUUUAGAAGACCACCUUCAGCUCAGCCUGCAAGUCACUGCUCAGGACAAAACUGAGCAUGCGUGUGUGAGCACGCGUUAAUCGAGUUGGAACCGCACCCGGAAGGUACCAACAAGUUCUCCUACAAGUAUUGCUACUGUAAUAUAAUGUGACAGUUUGGAGGAAUUGUUGUAGAGGAGGAGUCUGGAGUUUUCUCACCUACAGUGUGUGUUUGUGUGCGAGUGUUUAACGAGUCGGAGGAUCCAAUUGUGUUGAAGUAUGUGUGCAUUUUCAGUCAGAAGUGUCUACUUCAUCCACUAACUGCAGUUUGAAGUGUGAAGAGGCUCCGGUGUGAAAUUGGGAGUUUUCUCACUCUUGCCAGUCCUUCCUUCCUUCCUCCUUUCCUUCCCUCCGUCCUUCUUUCCUUCCAGUGGCUUCCAACUGACCCGUUAACAUGCACUUUUGUGGCCUUUUAGGGUUUGUGCUUUGCUUUUUAUUGUGUGGACAAAUUAAACUUGUACAUUGUAAGAGAAAAAAAAAGUAUUACUGUAUUUCAAAAAUUGUAUUUUGCGCAACUGUUCUUUUAUCAGAUAUCUGUACAGUUUAGAGAUCCUAAUUAUUGUGAAGGGCGCCCUGACGCGUCCAUACGUUGUUGUGGAAAUACAUAUCAGCAUUUCUUUUUCUCUUCUGAGAACCAGUUCUGAUCAUGCUGUAGUUUUUACAUCUGCAAAAGUGUUUGUUUUUAUUUGUGUGCAAUUGAAACUGGUUUCUACAUUGACUGUUGGCAGAAUUAUUGACUUUUUUGUUUGUUUGUUCUCCUGUAAUGUAUGUUUCAAAACGCACAAAUGUAGGGGUGCUUACAAAGUCAUGGAUGUAAGCAUUUGUGACGGAGCAUUAGUUAUAUUUCUACAGGCAUAAAACUGGUUUCAAUUUGCAAAAAUAGGAUUUUUUUUUGUUUCAGUUGAACAGUUGUGUUUACAUGAUUCCCCAUUUUAUUCCAAAUAUGUAUUUUUUUUAUUUUCAGUCUGAGAGUUCAGGAGCAAAAGUUGACUUUUCUGCAACAAAAUCUGUCUUGUAGCUGCUUUGGAAAGGUAAAACUGAACAACAUGCUUCUAGAAAAGUAUUGGAUUUUUUAUUCACAUAUUGGAAAAGUGUUUUUUUUUUUUUUUGUGCACGUUUUAUUUCAUUAAAAUCCAUCAGAAUACGUGAUUAGACUUUAUUUCCAAAUUGUCCAUUUUAGACAUAAUCCAUAUUAUUUUAAAAAUAUCUGAAUCGUUUAGUAAGAUAAAGAUUCCUUCCUCUACAGUAGCUGCUGUUUUACCACUGUGAAAGUUCUCCAUCUCUCAUUUUGACCCAGUUUCACUUCACAGAAAACCCCUUUUUGCUUUUAACUUGUGACACUGAAUUUCAUUUUUUAGACCUCCCAAUACUUUGCUUUUGCCAAAAAAAAGGAAGAAAAGUCAUUUUCCUACAAAACACUAAAGGUUUCUGUAUGUGUUCAUUAGUUCAACAGGUCAGAUGACCGAAGCGUGAAAUGAAGCGGUUCAAACAUUUGGCUUUACGCUGUACCUCUCAUCUCAGUGUUCUUGCAAAUGUGUGCAUUGUGCUCUGUACGCUUGGAUAGAAUGCAGUUCAAACAGGUUGAAUGAGACCUGAACUUUUGUUAUUUUUUGCUCACAAUGUUUUUUUUUUUGUGUGUUCUGUCUUUUUUUUUUUUUUUAAGCAAAAUAAAUAAAAUUUAUUUGAAACUAAAAUUA